AAAGAAAAGAGAAAUAAAGGAGUGAUAUUUUCCUCUACUUUUCUUCCGUGCUUUCAUCUUCGUCACAUUUCUUCAUCACUUCUAUCUGUUUUGUUUUUUGUUUUCUUUCUUUCUCCCUUUGAAGAAAAGAAAAGAAGAGAAGAACCCUAGAGACCCUGUUGUUUCUCUUUUUAUGGUAAUUCUUUCCUAGUAUGGAAAUAAAUAAGGGUGUGUUUAUAGUAAUUUUAAUAGUAGUUCUGAGUGCUGGGUUGGGGUCAGCUGGGGACAUAGUUCAUCAAGACAACGUUGCUCCAAAGAGACCUGGUUGUGCUAACAACUUUGUUCUGGUAAAAGUCCCAACCUGGAUUAAUAGUUUAGAAGAUAAUGAGUAUGUUGGUGUUGGCGCUCGUUUUGGACCUACUUUGGAGUCCAAGGAAAAACAUGCAAGCCGUACAAGGCUUGCUCUUGCAGAUCCUCCUGAUUGUUGCAGCAAGCCUAGGAAUCAGCUUACAGAGGGGGAGGUCAUUCUUGUACAUCGAGGUAACUGUAGUUUCACAACGAAAGCAAAUGUUGCUGAAGAAGUUGGUGCUUCUGCCAUCCUCAUAAUAAACAACCAAACAGAACUGUUCAAGAUGGUUUGUGAAUCUGACGCGGAUGUAGAUAUACAAAUACCAGCUGUCAUGCUCCCUCAAGAUGCUGGUUCAAAUUUGGAAAAAUAUAUAAAUAACAACACUAUGGUUUCUGUUGCGCUUUACUCUCCAAAGCGCCCAGCAGUUGAUGUUGCAGAAGUGUUUUUGUGGCUAAUGGCCGUUGGUACCAUUUUGUGUGCUUCUUAUUGGUCUGCAUGGACUGCCAGAGAAGUUGCUAUUGAGCAAGACAAGUUACUAAAGGAUGCAUCAGAACAAUUUCUACAAGCCGGAGGUGUAGGUUCGAGUGGUUUUGUUGACAUAAAUACAACAUCAGCAAUUCUCUUUGUUGUGAUUGCUUCAUGUUUCUUGGUCAUGCUUUACAAACUUAUGUCAUUCUGGUUUGUUGAGGUUCUGGUGGUUCUGUUUUGCAUCGGUGGAGUCGAGGGCCUGCAAACGUGUUUAGUGGCUUUGUUAUCAUGUUUCAGGUGGUUUCAACGCUUUGCAGAAUCAUUUAUCAAAGUACCCUUCUUUGGAGCUGUUUCGCAUCUGACACUGGCUGUUUGUCCCUUCUGCAUAGCAUUUGCUGUUGUUUGGGCAGUGUAUCGCCGUAUCUCCUUUGCCUGGAUAGGUCAAGAUAUUCUUGGUAUUGCACUUAUAAUCACAGUUCUUCAGGUUGUUCGCAUACCAAAUCUCAAGGUUGGAACGGUUCUUCUGGGUUGUGCUUUCUUGUAUGAUAUCUUUUGGGUGUUUGUUUCCAAAUGGUGGUUUCAUGAGAGCGUGAUGAUAGUGGUAGCUCGUGGUGAUAAGAGUGGAGAGGAUGGCAUACCAAUGCUACUAAAAAUUCCACGCAUGUUUGAUCCUUGGGGUGGCUACAGUGUUAUUGGAUUUGGAGACAUAAUCUUACCUGGACUGCUUGUGGCAUUCUCUCUAAGAUAUGAUUGGCUGGCAAAGAAAAAUCUCCGAGCUGGGUAUUUUGUAUGGGCAAUGACUGCUUAUGGUGUAGGUCUUCUGGUCACGUAUGUGGCUUUGAACAUGAUGGAUGGACAUGGCCAACCAGCUUUGCUUUACAUCGUUCCAUUCACACUUGGGACCUUUAUCACAUUGGGAAAGAAGAGGGGAGAUCUCAAAAUUCUCUGGACAAGAGGAGAACCAGAAAGGCCUUGUCCGCAUGUCCAACUUCAGCCCUUACAAGAAAAGUAAUGACGGUAAUAAACAUUGAAAAAUAAGUACCUCGGUUGCAUACCUGUUUUGGCUUUUAGUACAGAACCUGUUGAAAAAGCUUUUUACCCUUUUAGGUUGUAGAGGAGCAUGUAAUAUUUGCAGUAUAGUUAUUGCAAUCCGUUUAGAAAUUGACCAGUAACAGAGCACUUUUAAGCCAGUUCAACUAAUUUCAUAGAAGCUUUACUGUUGAUUCUGUAAAACUAUGAUCAAAUGAUCCCAAAGUAAAGGCCAUGGUUCCAGACUUCUGAGUGAUCUUUUUGUACGAGUGGCAUCCGAGAAUAUAUUUCAUUCAAGUAAAUUCUAUGUUUGUCUUUUGAGU